AUCCACAGAAUCAAUGAUUCCAAGGAGGAGUUUAAGUUCAGUGUGUGGUGAUUAUUUUUGUUGAUGCACCAUGAACUUUGGGUUCAGUAAUAAUCUGCCUCAGUUUGUGGUCCGAUCAGGUGUGAACUUGGGAGCCAAACCCAAGUCCACAGAUUCUACAAUGGAACAAACCAAACACCAGCUUAUUUUUGAUAUCAAGUCAUGGGGAUUGUCCAUUCUUUCCAUAGUUCCUUGGGCUAUCAGUGUAAGGGAUAAGAUGCUUAUGCCACCUUCUGUGAACAGAGAAUUGCAAAAACAAACCCAGGCCAGUGGAGUUGUAGAGUCUGGUGCUAAUUCCCGCUUUCUGUUUAGACCAUAUGUUGCCAAGGUCCCCUGGCAUGGAGGGGCAAGAGCUUUCCUUUCUCAGUUGUUCCCACGAUAUGGGCAUUACUGUGGUCCAAAUUGGUCAAGUGGGAAAGAUAAUGGAUCUCUUCUCUGGGAUAGACGCCCAAUUGACUGGUUGGAUUUUUGUUGCUAUUGCCAUGACAUGGGAUAUGACACCCAUGAUCAGUCUGAACUUCUGAAGGCAGACCUAGCUUUUCUUGAAUGCUUGGAAAGACCUCAGAUGAGUUCAAAAGGAAAUGCCCAUGUUGCUCAUCUUUACAAAACAAUGUCCAUUACAGGUCUCAAGAAUAUACUAAUACCGUACAGAAAACACCUUGUGGGACUACAGUCACAGCAACCAUUGAUUGCAUUUGGAUGGCUGGGAAAUUUGAUUGGGAAAAGGUAGAUCAUUCUGAAAAUCUUGACUUCCUGCAGAUCAUGACUAGUGCUGAAUAAUUGAGAAGUGCAUCUGGUGUUCUGGUACUUCAGCUCUCAAAAGA